AUGACGCGCGUCCCACUAAGAUCUUCGUUGAAAAGUCGAGAUUCCAAUUCGACAUCGACCGAUCCGGAUCUCCGUAAACGCAUGAAGAACUAUUGCCGAAAAUUGGUCGCGUUCAUGUGCACCCAGGUUGGCGUUGGUGGACUCGUGGUUGGCUAUGCUAUAAUAGGUGCUUUCGGCUUCAUGAUGAUCGAGACUCAAAGCCAAAUUCCAUCGGCCGUGUGCAUUCGAGAAUCAAUUAGGAAACAGUACGCCGAAGAAUUGUGGCUGAGCACUGCCAGCAAUCGAACGAUAAAUAUCUUCGAUAGAACAACGUUUCACAUGGUGUCUAAUCAAAUUCUACGCCGUUAUCAAGACAAUUUCACCGGUGACUAUAGAAACGAGAAUUGCAGUGGCUUAACAGCGACUGAUCUAUGGUCCUUCCCAGCAGCAAUGAUGUUCUGCCUUUCUGUAUUCACGAUGAUCGGCUAUGGGACGCUGGUGCCUCAAACUCCUUGGGGAAAGGCCGUCACCGUUAUUUACGCCGUGUUGGGAAUUCCUCUUUAUGUUUUGUAUUUUCUUAACAUGGGAAAAGUAUUAGCGCAAACGUUUCGCUCGUUGUACACAUGGCUGCAUGAAUGCACUGGCAAACGAAAAGCUGGCCAAAGAAUUACAGUACCGUCGACAGCAUGUCUUUGGGUGAUCUUCGGAUACAUCUUGAGUGGUUCGAUCAUGUUCGCCGCGUGGGAAGGAUGGAAUUAUUUGGACAGUGCUUAUUUUUGUGUGACAUCGUUAUGCAAAAUUGGAAUGGGCGAUCUCGUUCCUGGUUGGACACACGGUGAUCUAACUGCUGAUAGCCAAACCAAACUGAUAAUAAAUUUUGUUUACCUGUUACUUGGUAUGGGGCUCAUCGCUAUGUGUUAUGAUUUAAUGAAAGAAGAUGUUUACGUGAAAGCUAGAGAAAUGAAAGAACAGAUUUUAGAGAUAGUCGACGCCACUCAUUACCAGCUUGAGAUGUGUUGUAAAUCAGAAAUAUUAAAAUAA